AUGAAUGUCAACUGUAUACAGGAGGAGUUUUUUGCCCAAAAGGCUGCUAAGACCAGAUUUUGUGAAGGGGAUAGAAAUUCAAAAUGUUUUCAUGCCUGUAUCAAGUUUAGAAUAAAGUGCAACACAAUUCAUAAGAUUAAGGAGACUGAUGGCAAGUGGCUCCAUUCUGAUGACUUGAUUGCUGCUAGGGCUGUUAACUACUACCAAACACUCUUUAAACAACCUUCUGCUCUUAGGCCCACCAUCCAACAGGAUUUAUUUUACAGGGAUGAGAACUUCAUGAGGGGACUGGAUCUGACAUCUAUCCUUGGGGAAGAGGAAAUUUGGUCUGCUCUGGCUUCCAUUGAUAGCUCCAAAGUUGCUGAUCCUGAUGGAUUUUCUACUGAUUUCUAUAAGAAAUCAUGGAAGAUCAUUAAAGAUGAUAUUAUAAAGGUUGUCCAAGGUUUCUUCAGAGGUUUGGAUCUUCCCAACUAUUUUAAAAGCUCCAACAUAACUCUAAUUCCCAAAUCUUCUUCUGCUAUCUCUUGGGAUCUUUUCAGGCCCAUUAACCUCACAAAUGUGUUAUCUAAAAUGAUUAGUAAAGUGAUCUUAAACAGACUCCAACCCCUCCUUCCCAAGCUUAUUUGUGAGAACCAAUGGCUAAGAAACAACUCUCAAUCAGUGUUUAUAAAUGGUAAAUCUCAUGGUUUCUUCACCUCAUCUAGAGGAAUCAAGCAAGGUGACCCACUGCCUGUAACUAUCUUCAUCAUUGCUUUUGAUUACUUCUCUAAAAUGUUGAAUCAGCUCAUGGUUUCAUCCCCUCAUACACUCUACAGUCAUAGAUCCAACAUUGUUGUGAAUCAUUUAGCAUUUGUUGAUGAUGUUAUUAUCUUUGCCAAAACAACCAAACCAGCUGUUAAAUUGGUUCUUCAAUGCCUGGAGAAGUUUCAGAAAUGUUCUGGUAUGCAAUUCCAUACUAAGAAAUUUUUUUUGGUGUUUGGAAAACAAGUUAAACCUGAAAUUAAGAAUUGGACUACUGACAUUAGUCGCUUCAAGGCCAGCUCUCUGCCUUUAAAAUACUUAGGUACUCUGCUUGUGAAGGGGAAAACAAGACAAGUUCAAUUUGAUGACUGUAUCACCAAAAUUCAGGAUAAACUAAACUACUGGGCAAAUUCAUUCCUUUCCAAUGGGGGUAGAGUUACUCUUCUAAAAAGUGUCUUGACAGCUCUUCCAUUUUAUAUCUCCCAGGUUUCUAUAAUGAAAAAGUCAACACAGUUAACAUUGGAAAGAUUGUUUAAUAGAUUUCUUUGGGCAGGUCAGAGGAAGCAAAUGCAUUGGACCAGUUGGCAAAAGCUGUGUAGAAGCACAAGUGCUGGUGGGCUGGGUUUCAAAAGUCUUAUACAGAUCUCUCAAAUCAAUUUUUGUAAGCUUUGGUUGAUGUUUAGAGCUCAAAGUUCUCUUUGGGCUAAAUUUUUGAAGGGCAACUACUGUAGAGAGAUGCACCCCUCCCUUGUUAAUAAAAGACUUGGGGAUUCCAGGGCCUGGACCAAUGUGCUAAAAGUAAGAUCUCAGGCUAAAAAUCUAUUCAUUUGGAAAAUUGGAGAGGGCAAGCUUAAUAUUUUGCUGGAUAAUUGGACUGGUGAAGGUUUAAUCAACAUUUCAUCCAUCCCUCAAUUUAAUCUUGCAGCUCAGGUGGCUGAAUUAUGGUUCAAUGGUGUGGUUCAUCAGCAAGCUUUACAGAAUAUACUGGAUAACAAAACUUUACAGAUGGUUAUGAAAAGCAGCAUUGAAAAGAACAAAACUUUACAGAAAGCAAUGAAAAGUGGCAUUGAUAGAGAAAGUAAAGAUAUCCUGAUUGUGAAAAAGAAGGUGUCCCAGUCUUUAUCUGCAGCCAAUUCUAACUGCCAUUUUCCUCAACAUAGAGCAGUGGAUAUUGGUGCUCUUAUUGUGCAUAAUGCUCAGAACAUUGAUAGAAGUGGGAAAGCUAUUGGUUUGGGAUAUCCUAUCAUUAUUUUUACUUUAUGUGAACAAUCAGGAGCAGAAUUUGGGAGAAAUGAGGAAAAGUUGCAACCACUGGAACCUAUUGGAAAACCCACUGUACAUAAAUUUGAAUCAUUUGUUGGAUCUAGGAGUGGAAGUAGUGCUAGACCCUCCACACUUGUUGCAGGACCAUCUACAUCUGGUUCUAUUUCACUUGAAAAUAUUAUGGAGUAG